AAAUUCGGCCAACAGAUGGCACACAGCGUUGAAUGGGAAAGAUGUGAAAUGCUACCUGGGACUGCCAAUUGUGACUGAAAUCGCUGUUAGAUUCUGUAAACUUGUUAUUGUUAAAUGUGUGACUUCUCAAACACUGUGAUUUCUAACAUGCGUGAUUUCCUCUGCCACCACUAAUGCUGAUGUUUGCGCAAACAGAUGUGGCUAAUGGACGGGAAUGAAUUGAUACUUUGAAGUUCUAAUUAUCACCAGAAAUUUAAAAAAAAAAAUCGUUUUCCACCGAAACGCCAACUGCAAAGUAGUAAUUUGUUGGAGCAAUGUGUGUGAAGCAUAUAACGUAUUUCGUUUUUGAACUUGCUACAGCAAUGCAAUCUUAAGCUGGUGUGUUAUAUUGGCAGCAGUGUAACGCAUACCAGGCUACGAAUGAAAAAGAGAUGUUUUGAAUGUGAGGUUGAAGGUGCUGCAUUGUACCUUCACUGUGAUUUGAGAAAGUCAAAUAAAUGACUCUUGGGCGAAGAAAAGAUACCAAACCUGAUGACAAAAUCAUACUUUUAAAAAUGAAAAUAAUGUGACAGUUUUGUGGACAUACAACAGGUGUAAAUCUGUGAAUAAUGACAAUCAUUAUAGAAACACAUUUUGCACCAGCACAGAUGCACACUUUAAAGGCUGCACAUUUGUGUUAACUGCACUGUAAAGAAUAUGAAGUUACACAUACUGUUUCUUUGCUAAAUUGGAUACACAGAUUUUGAAGUUGUUUGUUGUGUAAGCUUUGUCACAAAAAAUAAUGCCAGAGAUUUCAAACCACAAAUUAAGAUUGGAUAAGAAAUGUCAGAAAUGAAUGAAUGCCUUUGUGUUAACUGCUGUUCAGUGAUAGCAAAUAUACAGAAAAAGAUAGUGACUCUUGAGCUUACACUAGUGACAUUUUCUCCUUCAAUGAGAAAAGAUAAGAUGACAGUUGUGUAAAGAAAACAAAAAAAAUAGGCAGUUGGUAUAAAGAACCUAGCAUCACUCGAAAACCCAGGAUUGACGUAUAUUAAGUGCAAUGUGGAAGACUGAUGAAACAAUAGCUACUAACAGGCAAGAGGAAAAAUUCAGAGUACUGACAAUAAGUUCGAAGCAAUUAAUUCAUUAAGUAUGAGAAUCAUGGAAUCAUAGUAGCAGGGCUUUGAAAAGGAGGGGGGUGGGGGGUGGUAAGGGGCAGGCAUGAAAGAAUAAAGGAGAUACAGAAUUAUGCUUGGAAACUGAAAAAUUAAAGGGGUAACAAAGUAAGGGCAAAUGAAGAUAGACUGAUGGUGAAAACUGUGGGAAUAAGUAUGUGUUGGAGUACCAGUUAUUUUAUAUAAGAGGGAAUGUGAUGGGAGAAGGAAUGGGUUCAUCUUGAAUGAGCAACAGAAGCGGCUUUUAGAGCCACCUACAUUACAUUCUAGAGCACGUUCAGCAGCAGGAUAUCCAAAAUUGACUGCGUAAACAUUUUGUCUGUGGAUUUUCGCUUAUAUUUGGAACUGGAUUUUAUCACUGCUGAAAUAUAUACUGAAAAAUGCUGGACAUAAGACAAACUUGACUAUUCUUGCCAUAAUCAUAAUGAUAAAAUUGAAAAAAAAAGUUAACCUUUUUUCUGUAGUUUCCCUCUUGAGUAGAUUGGUGUCUAAAUGUGUGCUCAGUUAUGUGAUAACCAUCAGCAUUUUGUCAGAUGAUGGUGUCCCAUUGGCCAAACUGUGCUGUUUUGGAUUGUUAUGUUCUGUUGCUCAAUUACAAAAGUGAUUUAUGUACAUUUUCCCUAAAUAAUCAUCUCAGCACUGUACUUUAUGAAUAUAUAGGGUGAUCAGAAAAUGUGUGAAACACUUGUGGGGAUGUUGCAAGGGAGAUUGUGCUGAGAUGUAAAUAUUAAGAAAGAAGUUGAUAUGUUGUGCCGUUUCCUAGUUAUUUAGUGUGAAUUUAGCCAAUCAGGUCAUUGUGUGCUUAAAUUCAAGUUUCAGCUAACCAAACAAAGCACUCGUUGGGCAACACAACAACCCCCGUCCCCUCAGCAGACCACUUGAACGUGAACAUGUCUCUUCCCAUUUGGCUAAUUUCAAUGCUAAAUAACUUGUACACAGCAUACCUGCUCUGCAACAUCCCUACAAGUGUUUCGGACUUUUUCUGACUACCCUGUAUUUUUAUGCCCCCUGUCUUUAUCAAUUUCAAGGAAAAGUUUCUGUCUUGAAGGAAUAUUUUCAUGGGUUUAUGGUCUGCCAUUUUUAUUUUAUGGUUAAUACAUUACUAGGGCCAAUUUAAGGCCCAAGCGACACAAGCUGCUAUUUGGGGUGCCAAAUUGAGAGGGUUAUGAGAGGCACCACAACUAUAAGAUUUCCAUACAGGGCAUAACACAAUUAGUAGUGGCCGCUUGUGGCACCAAGCUGAGCACCAGAGUCAUCCAAGUGUAGGAUAUGUAUAAAAUGCAUAUCACAAUUAGUAGCAAAAAUUGACACAGGUGAAAGUGUAAGAGGGGGGAAAAAGGGGUAGGGGCGAGGAGUGGUUGCUUAUGUGGAAAAAUGUUCUCAAACUGCCCCUGUGCAUUGCUUAUCUUAAAAAAUACGUAUUCACACAACUAUCAUUGCUUUUCACUAAAAUUACCAGAAACUCAUUAGUGAAAGUCCAAUAGAUAACCAGAACCCUGUUGGCAUUCAUUCAUAAAGUUCUUUAGUAUUUUAGAAACAUUUGGGACCAUUGAACUUUGCAGUGUUUACAAAAAUCCACAAAAAUAAGUUACAGACAGUUACAGUCAAACUACGCGAAACAUGCCUGGAGCCAAAUCAACACAUUUAGGAACUAAGUGUUCCCAGAAUGAGCCAUGUUGCCAGUACAAACAUUUAAAGAGAACAGUUAGAAAUGUGUAGACCUACAUGCAACAGAUGAACUGUAAAAACUGUGCUAGCAAUGAUGAUGAUUUUAUGUCAAGGUAGGCAAAGUGAACUACUCAUACAAUCAUGAAACUGUGCGACAGUGAAAAGGUUAAUGGUCUGCAGGUGCUUUUGCAGAAGAUUACCAAACUUGCUGCUGGAAGGUAUUGCACUACUUUAUGAUUUGCAAGAUCGCGAAUGUGCAGUGAGAGGCAGAGAGUAGUCAGUUACCAAUCACACAUUCGAUGGAAUGAAGUAAUCCUGGAUACAAUAAUUGUACUAAUAGAUGACACAGGCAAGUGCAUUAUUAUAUUAAAUUCAGAAAUAUUAUGGAAACCAGAAAGAGUUAUCAGCUGUGCCUAAGUUGCACAAUAGCUACAAAAAAAGGAUUAACCUUCCAGAAACUUUUCUAUCUUAAGGGAAACUGCUUUAAAAAUGUAAGUCUUCUUUUAUGGAAACAUGGCAGUAUUGUGGAAUAGUGGUAUAAGGUGUGACAUGCAUAUUGAUAAAAUAUGGGGCCACAUGCACUGUUACAACAGUUGUUGCCAGAGUGAUGGUGGUAGUGAGUGUUCACAUGUAUUUAUGUUGGCCAGCACAUCAGAUGACUUCAUUAUAGUUACUGGAGGGUUAAUGGAUUAUAUGACACUAAAUAUGAUUCCAUGUGCCAUGAGGAGAUGAAAAGAAAAAAGGUUGUAAGUGGCCUCCAUUAAAGCUGGUAAAAGGGUCACUGAAACACAGUGAGGACAUGACAGACUAAAAUGGACAACUAAAGAAAAAUAUAAUAAUGUCUCUAUUCAAAGCAAGGGAACUGUGGUCAACACAAUGUGGUGCUGAUGAAACAUUUGAUCAGACAAGUAUUACAAUUGCCAGUAUUGAAGGAGCAUCAGAGAAUAUAAUUGUUGGCAGUCACAAUGGUUUGCUCUACAUAUUCCAGCCUUCCGCAGCAAAAUCAGAAGAUGGAAAAUUCAUUGGGUACAGACCUUGUGAUCUCCUCAUUGAAACACAUCUUGCACAUCCAAUUCUGCAAGUGUGUGUAGGAAAACUUGUUUCGGGUUCGCAGAAUCUGCAGAUAGGUAUUUUGCAUCCUCAGAGUGUUGCUGUCUAUAGUCUCAUAACAAGACAUGGUGCUGCAGAGCAUGGUGAUCAAAGAAGUUUGGCAUUGGCAUAUGAACACCAGCUACGGCGAUCAGCCUUUAAUAUGGUCAUUGGUCCAUUUGGUGGUGCAAGAAACCGUGAUUUUAUUUGUGUACAGUCUCUUGAUGGAGCUUUAUGCUUUUUUGAACAAGAAACUUUAUCUUUCAUACAGUUUCUACCAAAUUUCUUAUUGCCAGGGCCAGUCGUAUAUUUAGUACAAUUAGACGCAUUUGUUACAGUCUCUUCACAUCUUCAUAUUGAAUGUUACAGCUACCAACAACUUGCUGAAAGAAGUAGAAUCAAAGACCAAGAUGUCCAAGAAGGGAGAAAAUUAGUUGCAGAGUGGUCGUACAAUCUUGGAGAAGCAGUUAUUGAUGUUGAAAUAGUUUCGUGGACCUCUCAUGAUGACAUAGUGGUGCUGGGUGAAAGAAACUUCUUCUGUGUACAGCAAAAUGGUGUAUUAAAGUUUAUGAAGAGAUUAGAGUACAGACCAUCCUGCUUUUAUCCAUAUAUAACUGAAUCCAGUGGCAAACUAAUGGUUCUUAUUGGAACUGAGAUGAAUACUUUGUUAAUUUAUGAACAAACCACUCUUCGCUGGUCUUGUCAACUUGUUGUGUGCCCUAUUGCUGUGAAGAAGAUAAAUUUGCAGGAUCUUAAAGGAGUUCUUGCAGUCCUAUCAGAAGAUGGCUUAAUUCAUUGUUGCUAUCUUGGAACAGAGCCAUCACUGUUUAUUCCACCACCUUUGGAAGUGACAGAUAUUAAUUACCAGGAAGCUAGCAAGGAGCUGGCAGAACUGCAGAAAAUCAUUAAUUCUUAUAGCAAGGACAGUACAAUCACACUAGCAAGUGGUGCAGCAGAGCGUGAAGUUUGUGUUGAAGUGAACAUGAAUUCCCGACUAGAAACAACUUCACAUGAACAUAUGCUAGGAGCAGGGAUUGAUCCUCCUGCAUGCCAGAUUUCUGUCCAUUUACGUCCACAUGUGCCUCUUAAUAAGGUGCAAGUUGCAGUCAUAGUACAACCACCACUGGAGGCCUCUCAAGUUUCACACACUGUCAACAGCCUGUGUGGAGAAUUUCAUUGGACGACAUACAUAUAUUUAUCUCAGCCGGGUGAUGUCCCUUCUCUGGAGAUGAGAGUUGUUACUUCAUAUGUUACAAACAGCAGGAGCAUUCCACGAAUCUUGCAACAUUUUGCACAACUUCCACUAAAGCUUGUAGCAAAGCCAUGUGCCCCAGAAAAAAAUGCUGAAUUCAAAAUAGCAAUUAAUUCAAAUCUGCCUAUUGUUGAACCACUGGUACUUUUCCCAGAAUUUUCAUUUGAAGAUUCAGGACCUGAAACUGUUUCUAGUGUUGGAUUUGCACCAUGUUUUUUGGAAAAAAAUAUAGUCACAAUCUCUACUGUAAAAUCUUCGCAACAAUAUCAUCUUCAGUGCAAUACAUUUUCAUCUCUGUGCCUUUUUGUAUACCAGUUGGUGCACAGACUUAAUAAGCAUUUUGCUAAAAACAAGCAGUUCUCGUGUGGCUACACUUCAUCAUUACCUCUGCAGGAACUGUUCGAGGCUGUAGAAGCUCGCUUCAGAUGUAGAAAAGAAUCAUUUAAAUUAGAGGCAAAUCUUGCACGAAAAGCUGCUCAGUUUAGAAUUGUUCAACGAAGACUUCUUACCAAGUUUAAAGAUAAAAUUCUAACACCAAUGAAUAACUUGGAAAAUCUUCUGAAAGACACAUAUACAAAAAUUUUAAUAUCUACUGACCUUCUAGAAGAAAACCAAAAAAAGAUGAAGUAUUUGAGUAUUCAAGUUAGUUGUUGUGUACGACUACUACUUUUCCUGCUGAAGUUACAAAAUCCUUCUUCACAGAACAAUGUAGCCGAUCUUGAUUCAGCACUCAGCUGUUCAGUAAAUGAUUCAGAUGAUCAGGGCUGGGAUGAAAUAACUGAUGCAGCAGUGUCAUACUUACUUCGAACAUCAUUGGCAAAAUCUGUGAAAGACCAACAGCGGUCAGCACCAAUUUCUCUAGAUGCAUUGCAGGAUAUAGCAAGGCUUAAAAAACAUAUUUCAAUGGCUUUUGAGAGAACCUGUAGAGGUAGUCAACUUACAGGGAAGAAAGAACAUAAUGUUGAAUCAAACACUCUCCCUGUUGGAAUUAGCCCUAUACCAGAGGCUACUGAAAUAAAUGAAGAUGAUGAAGGAACAAUACCAAGAGGUUCUCAACUUGCAGAGAAGAAGCACUCUAAUUUAGUACCAGGGACACCUGCUGGCCUCCUGUCAACAAGACGAGCCAAAUUACAACUGCCAGCCAUUCCAGAUGGCAGUCAGUAUAAGACUGACUUCAAAAAACCUGCCACUCUUCAGGUGUCUUCUCUGGAGAAAGACAAGCCACCCGAAUUUCCACCUGAACCUCUAGAGAAUAUAAAAGUAACACACACAGCAGAAUCUCCCGAAGAUGAUGAUGAUAUCUGGUAACCAUAUAUUGACAACAAAUGACUGAACAUCUUCACUUAGAAUCUAAAUGGCAUCAAGCUUGACAUAUAUGGGAAAACAUGCAUAUAUGAGUGCUUUUAUUAGCAGAACUCAUUAUAUCUGUGUUGUACAUUUGAUGAGUUUUUGUACAUUCAUUAUUAGAAUGCACAGUCAUAAAUUUAUUCAGUAUGUAUCAGUACAAAAUUUGUAUUACACAAACUAUAAAAUGAUCCUGUAAAGGUCAUAACAUAACUACCAAGAAAAUUAUUAUUCAUUGUUUACUACAGGUUUUCAGCAUAUUGUGGUUAUAUUUGUAAUAUUUUCUAAGAUUUAUAUGUGGCAUUGAUGAUUUCUAUGUUCAUCAUUAUUAAUGAAGGAAAAUAUGAAUACAUCACCUGGACUUUUCAACAAAUAAUUUCAGAUAAUGUUGGUGAAUUAGGUAUGAAACCAUCAGUUUACACAAUAAUGAACUUGUACUGUAAUACAAUAGUUUAAUUUAUACAACAAGACCUAAUAAACAUUUGGUGAUAUUGUCUUCUAUAAGUUGAAUUAUGUCCUGAUUCUCCCUUGUGCUCAUCUCCAUAUUUCCACUACUCUUUUCCCCACUAUCUAUAAAUAAUUUUAAGAUGUUGAACUUGUCUUAUUUAAUCUAGUAUACCUCCCUAUUCUUUAUAACUUAUCAUAAUAUAUAUUUCUGUUUUCUUACCUU